AAAGAAAGCAAAACUAAAAGGGGAAAUAAAAUAAGACGGAUGAGAGAUCUCACGGCUACGAUUAAACGAAUGGCCGUAUAUCAUAGCGUCAAUUUUACUAAUGCUUCAAAGAUUUAAGGCCGCCGGAAUCAGUAAUCACCUUUGUCAGCCACCAGCCAUCCGGCGAGUGUCACAACUUUUUAGAAAGCUUAACUGAAACCCUAUUCAUAAAGGGCUCCCAGUCACCGCCUUACCUGGUAAAGCUCCCAAUUCUCUUCUUUCAAUACCUUACUCAGCAUUCUCGUUGCUGCUUUAAGAAAGUUUCGAUGCUUCAUUCAUUUAUGAACACGGGUAGUCGUUUUUGUGGUUAGUCAUUUUCUGUUUGUUUGGGCGUGGAAAGAAAUUAAAUUCAUAGGAAAGUUGAAUUACUCUCCAAGUUUAAAGAUGGAUAGUUAUGAGUUAUAACUGUGGACACAAAUUUAAACCCGGAUAGUUAUGAGUUACAAAUUUCAUUGCUUCCGCAUCAACUGUGAUUGCUGCAAAAUCUUAAGCUCGGAUCAUCUUUGAUGUUUUAGAUUCUGACUUAUUGUUUUUUUAAAGGAAUGGGUUUUUUGUCUUGUGACUGCCGUCACCUUUCUACUUACUAUUAUACCACUGAGUGUUCUUUUAAAAGCUGAAUGCGGUUCUCUGUGGAGCUCCUGCAACCUUUUCUUCUGUGACUGAUUAAUUCACCAUAGGAAUCAAUUCCUUUUCGGCUGUUUAGGUUUUCUGGUGGUUGUAGACUCUAUCUAGUUGAUUCAAAUCAAGGAUCAGUUGUCCUAGUUUUUUUUAAUAGAAGUCGACAUUUCUAGACAUAUAAGGUCUUAUAAGAAACUAUUGUGGUGCGAUGUUUUUUUGACACCCCUGGACCUAAAGGUGGAUCCUUUAUGGGGUUUUAAACAACCCAAUUGUUUUAUCCCGUGAAGCUGCCUGUUUUAAUUGCAUUUAUGCAUGAAUGUUGCUUUCAAUGCUUAACUGCUAGACCAAGUUGGGAAUUUUUUUUUUCUGUCUCCACUAUGUAUCAACUAAUGGUAUGCGCUAUUGGCUUUUUCACUGUUGCAUUUAAGGAUUUGCGUGCUGUCAACACCCCGGAUCUGUCAAAGCAUUGUGAUUAAGUUUGAAGCCGUCUUUCCUUUACCCCUGAAACGCUUAAUCUUAGUAACUGGGGAGCAAAAGCUAGUUGCCAGAUAUAGAGAAUGGUGAAUAUGGAUCAACCCAAGAGUAGAGUAGCAUUCGUGCUAAUUGAUGGACUGGGUGACGUAUCACUGCCUAGGUUCGGUCACAAAACCCCCUUACAAGUGGCCAACAUACCAAAUCUGGAUGCCAUUGCUUCUGCUGGGUUAAAUGGCCUUAUGGAUCCUGUAGAAGUUGGAUUGGCCUGUGGAAGUGAUACUGCUCAUCUUUCACUGUUGGGUUAUGAUCCCAGAGUGUAUUAUCGGGGUCGAGGUGCGUUUGAGUCAAUGGGUGCUGGAUUAGCAAUGUCACCUGGAGAUAUUGCUUUCAAGUCAAACUUUGCUACACUGGAUGAAAAGACCGGAGUAGUCACUAGCAGGAGGGCAGAUAGGCAUUUUGAAGAGGAAGGGCCUAUUUUAUGUGCUGCGCUUGAUGGAAUGAAACUCCCAUCUUUUCCGGAGUAUGAAGUUAGAGUCAGAUAUGCGACAGAGCACAGAUGUGGAGUGGUUGUUAAAGGACCAAGUUUAAGUGGAAAUAUCUCGGGAACAGAUCCCUUAAAGGACAAUCGUUUACUUUUAAAAGCUGAAGCUCUUGAUGACACCAACGAAGCAAAACAUACUGCUGAAGUGGUUAAUGAGUUGUCCUGUGAAAUCUCUAAAAUCUUGGUUGCACAUCCAUUAAAUGCAAAAAGGGCUGCAGAAGGAAAGAACAUUGCCAAUGUUGUUCUGUUAAGAGGCUGUGGCAUCAGAAUUGAGGUUCCUCCAUUUGAAAAGCUGCAUGGACUGUGGCCAUGCAUGGUAGCACCUACCAAAAUUAUAGCGGGCUUGGGUUUAUCCCUUGGCAUUGAUAUUCUAGAAGCUCCAGGAGCUACAGGGGACUAUCGAACUUUGUUGACCUCCAAAGCGAAAGCCAUUGCUGAGGCUCUCUCAGCUCCUUCAAAGUCCUGUCCUAAUGUUUUUGUACCUGGGGCUGAUGAACAUAAACCAGGUCGAUCAGAUGGCUAUGAUUUUGGGUUCCUUCACAUUAAGGUGUGCUUUCUCGGAAACUUUUUCAAGUUUUUGCUAUUUUUUUUUUCCUUUGUAAUGAUCUAAGGUUUAAGUAAAGAUGACAUGCCAAAUAUGCACCAUAGAAGAGAAGUAAAGUUUUUGUACAAGUCGCAGACUUACCGGACAUAUUCCUACCUAAGUUGCUUGUCGGUAGCUUUCUACACUUCACAAAAACCUGAUCUUUAGGCCUGUUGAAUCUUUAGGCAAUCGAUGAUGCUGGUCAUGAUAAAGCGAGCGUUUUCAAAGUUAAGGGUUUGGAAGCUGUUGAUAAAGCUAUAGGCCAGCUGGCAAGAUUCCUCUGGCAGACACAAUUAACUGGGAAAUUUCAGUACUUCCUUUGUGUCACUGGAGACCACUCUACUCCUGUUGAAUAUGGCGACCACAGUUUUGAACCAGUGCCAUUUGCAUUGUGUCGAUUAGAAGAUUUUGUUAGGGAAGUGGGCGAGUCGCACCUUUCAGAAAUUUCUCUUGACCCAUUUCCACUGCCAAAAGUGGUAGCUGGUGAAGAUAUAACCGAUAUCGCAGGAGUUCAAGGAGGCCUUAAAAGCAAACCAACUCAAGCUUCCAGUGGUGAUAGUGUUUUUGAGUUUCACGAGGUAGCAGCAGCAAGAGGAUGCCUUGGACGGUUUCCUGGGAGUGAAAUGAUGGGAAUUAUAAAAGCAUAUCUUACAAUGGAUGUGUGAGCACUCUGGCUGAGAUUUUGUGGGUCUAACGAGACGAGAUGGUGGAGGUAAUAGGAAUAAGACAUAACUAACGUUGGUUUUUCCCUGAAUAAGUGUGUUUGGUUUAUCAAUCAAACAGUAAAGUAGGUUCUGCUAUAAUUAUAAGCAAUUACAUUGAAAUUCUGUGUUAACAUAGAUAAGAGAGAUCCUUUUUCUUGUUAAUCUUCUGAGAGUUCCAGAAUCUGUUUUUUUUUUUUUUUUUGUAUCCCGUUAAGAUGUACAUAAACAUUCGUUGGCCUUUGAGCUCGCUUGAAAUGGAAGUCCCAGAACUUUGUAGAAA